GCGGAGUUUUCGGUGGCAGCUGCUGCUUGUUGAGUGAACUACAGAUGAUGAUGUGGAGGAAAUAACGGACCUGUGUCUCCAUCAGCUUUGGAUGGGGCUGACGAGAGAAAGCGUCUCCGCCAUGAUGAUGAUGAUGUAGUUGAGUGUCGUUUAUUAUAAACGAUUGUUUACACAGGCUCGGGGGUUUCCGGCGUUAGCGCUGCGCAGCUGAUCAACACUUGCUGCUCCAGGGGGAACAAAAAGGCAAGUUUCCGGCUCUCGAACAAUAAUGCGGCGAUAAGGCGAGUGGACGUCUGACUGUUAACGCGUGGCUAAUCAACUUUCUGUUCACCCAACGGUUCGUUAUCGAUUAGCCACUAUGAGCUAAUCCGAUGCUGUGAUUGAAACCUGCGCAGAUCGGACUACGGCAGAUGAGAUGGGCCAACUAUGGCGGCGAGACAUCCCGCUGGCGGAGAGGCUGGGGAACGGCUCUCCCGUGGGCUUCGCCCCGGGGCCCCCGGCCACCGCGGCCCCGCAGCAGCACAACACCUCCUGGGUGCCAGAAGCGCCGGUGGUCACACCAGAGGAGCCCAUUUUCCUCAUGACCGCCACGGCCCAGACUAUAUCGGGCUUCUUCGUUUGGACCGCUCUUCUGAUCACAUGCCACCAGAUCUACAUGCACCUGCGCUACUACAGCUCUCCGAAUGAACAGCGGCACAUAGUUCGGAUCCUCUUCAUAGUCCCCAUCUACGCCUUCGACUCCUGGCUCAGCCUCCUUUUCUUCACCAACGAGGAGUAUUAUGUGUACUUCGACACGGUCCGAGACUGCUACGAAGCCUUUGUCAUCUACAACUUCCUCAGUCUGUGUUACGAGUAUCUGGGAGGUGAGAGCGCCAUCAUGGCGGAGAUCCGAGGAAAACCUAUCGAGUCGAGCUGUGUGUAUGGGACCUGCUGUCUGUGGGGAAGGACGUACUCCAUUGGUUUCCUCAGGUUUUGCAAACAGGCUACUCUCCAGUUCUGCGUGGUGAAACCCCUGAUGGCCGUGAUCACCGUCGUUCUUCAGGCCUUCGGCAAAUACAAAGAUGGAGACUUCAACGUGGCAAGCGGCUACCUGUACGCGACCAUCAUCUACAACGUCUCCGUCAGCCUGUCGCUCUACGCGCUCUUCCUCUUCUACUUCGCCACGCGUGACCUGCUCGUCCCCUACAACCCCGUGCUCAAGUUCUUCAUGGUCAAAUCGGUCAUCUUCCUCUCCUUCUGGCAAGGCAUGCUGCUGGCCAUCCUGGAGAAGUGCGGAGCCAUCCCUCAGAUCAGCUCGGCGGACGUCUCUGUGGGCGAGGGGACGGUUGCCGCUGGUUACCAAAACUUCAUCGUCUGCAUUGAGAUGUUCUUUGCUGCUGUUGCUCUGCGGCAUGCCUUCACUUACAAAGUCUACAUGGAUAAAAGACUGGACUCGUACGGCCGCUGUGCCCCAAUGAAGAGCAUCUCCAGCAGCUUGAAGGAGACCAUGAAUCCAGGGGACAUGGUCCAGGAUGCCAUCCACAACUUCUCCCCGGCUUAUCAGCAGUACACCCAGCAGUCCACGCUGGAGCCAAGUGGGGGGCCGCCCCUCUCCCGCAGCCACAGCAACCUCAGCACGCGCGGGGACAACGAAAAGACGCUGCUGCUCAGCUCCGACGACGAGUUCUGAGACACAAACACGCACUCGCUCUGCUCCUGUAGCCCAUGUUGGAGUUCCACCAGUGUGAGACCGAUCCGAUCUUUUUCUCUGUUCUUUAACGUGGAAGAUCAGAUUCUGGUUUUUGUUUUUUUUACAUUUAGACAACAAUGAAAAGAUGAGAUUUAUUUGAGCUUUAAAAAGACGUAGGUCCCAGACUGUGCGAACGGAUCAGGAGUUCUUACGAUGGAAAGGAGGAGUAAAAGGAUGUUCAGAGAGACAUUAGAUUUAUUAAAUGGUUAUUAAAUGGUCAGCUGUCAUCUGUGUUGAUGCCAUAGAUGCUAUUACUGACAGAACAUGGUACAAAUAACCGUGCCUGCAUAGAGCGUCCUUAUGCUGCACUUUAAACACCACAGCAAAAACAAAAAGAAAGAUAUAACCGAUGUGUGUGUCAAAGCAAACAAUCCACUUCUUAAACUCAUCUCGCAGCCUUCAUCUGUCAGCUUUCAUAUUGAUUCUUAAUCCAAGCUCCUCUUCACCCCUCUGCCUCUUACCGAAUCAUUGCCAAAUAGAAGUUCAAUGUGCUCCAGUCAAUGAGACACACUGUCUUAAGAUGCAGCAUUAAUUUAUAGUUAAUGAAAACAGGCUUGAGUUUAAUAUAUAAAAAUGUAAUCACAUUUUUUAUUUUAAAUGUUGUAUGACCUCAAAGGUGUAACUCAUUUACACAGUGGUUUGUUAUUCCAGGAAAUGUGAUGAAUAUUCUGUGUUCUGUUGUCAUUUUGUGCGGGAAAUGGGUUCAUGUGCAUCACGGCGUUACUGUCUGUGGAGCGCUGAGAGGGGACAGCUGUGGGGGGGAUGUUAGUGCGGCCAGGGAGACUCACGGAAGGACAACGCCCACGCAGAUUACAGAUUACUGAAGAAGCGACGCUUCCCUGCAAAGCCGGCGCAGCUGUGAUGUGCUGCGGUUUAUAAUCCCAUAAUUGAGGACGGCGCAGAUCAGGCCUGCCUCUGCUGUUAUUGUUUAUAAGGGAAUCACUGCUGUAGCAGUAGUGAGUUAGUUGGGACGAGGGUCAUCACAGACAGAUAAGGCCAUUCAAAUAGUCUCUGCGCAAAGAAGGCUUUAAAUUAGACUGAACUUUCAUCUGGAAAAGGAAUAUAUGGGCAUCAAAAAUGGAUUUGAGAUGCACACACACUUGUUCAGGGACACACAAUAGCAGUAAUGGGGUCAGAACCAUAAGGUCUGCCCGUCAUCCUGCGUUUCCCAUUGGGAGAGUUGAUUGUUGAUGAACUGAUGUUGAACACGCGUUUCAUCAGGGUCCGGUAUAGAAGCUGCUUGUGAUCGUAAAUGUUGAUCGUAAACCCUUUUGACGGGUGACUCAAUGCUGGCGCUAAACGUGUGAUUAUUGUUUUUCUCGUGUUAUAGCCAGGGCAUAGUCCAAACUGAUUUUAGGGAUGGACUCAGAGCCAGUAAAGUAAACAAGCAGUGACGUCCAUGUUUGAAAUGAAUGUAGGCCAAGUGAAAAGUGAACUGGCAAAAGCAUCUCUUUAGCGUUAAAAUUGUGAUCAAUCUCUAGCAGUGUGAUUCUAAAUAGUUUUGAUACUAUUUUAUUUAAAAGCUGAAUGUUAAUCACAAAGGAAAAUAUAAAACGCAUAAAUAUUAUACCAUAAUGGAGGGGAUCUUGUAAACGUAGAGUUAAAGUCUGUGGAAGAACUGCCAAACAUUCACGAUAAAGGCAUUGCUUCGUACAGUGCUUUACUUUGAUAUUUUCAUAUAUUCUCCGGUUUUAUUUCCAAUUUACACUUUUUCAUUUGUAUAUUGGCAAUAUUAUCUCUUGUUUUGAUGCUAUAAUGGUUUAUGUUGUUAAAAAGGAAAUAAAAUACAAAAUGCAAAAAAUA